AUGCAAGUGCUAUCAGUUGCUGCAAUCACCUCAACUCUGUUUUACGCCUGGUUCUCGCUGCUGAAACCACCCUUGUUCUCCUUGCAGCAACACUUAUUGAGGACAACAACAACGCAGGCGUCGGCGUCGUGCUUUGACAGGGAUCCUCCAAUCUGGCCCAAGUCCUUGAUUGUCGUACAGCAACGAGUUCCUGAUGCGGAUUCCAAGGUCGGCCCUGCCAAAACCAUUACCUAUUACGAUUACGAAGCGGGAGGCAAUCUGAUUCAAAUCUUUCCACAAGAAGAACAAGAUGGAACGACGAAUGACGACAAGGUCUUGUGGGAUUUAGAACUCAACUCGGGACACUCCUACUAUUUCAACCCCUCCCAACAGACAUGCCGACCGAUGAAGUUCCCAGUGGGUAUCCUUCGUCCCAACUGGUUAGAAGGAGCCACACCGUUGGGACCGUCAACCAGUUGGGAUGGCUCGGGUCGGACCGUCUGUGGAUGGACCAAGGUGGAUUUUAUCGACUACUAUGUGGAUGCCACCACAGGAGUUCCUGACUCUUGGUAUUUCCAUACCAUGAAAGCAUCCUUUCAGGUUCUAGAGUAUCGAGAAAAUCCAGUCAUUGACGCAUCUUUGUUCACACCACCAGAGUACUGUCUGUAA